CCACGUGCAGCACCUCCGCGCCCAGCCCGCCGUGCCCGCCGCGCCCAUGGCCGCGCCGAGCUCCCUGGAGGCCGUCAAGAGGAAGAUCCAGUGCCUGCAGCAACAGGCGGAUGAGGCGGAGGAUCGCGCCCAGGUCCUCCAGCGGGAGCUGGACCUAGAACGGGACCUGCGGGAGAAAGCUGAAGGGGAGGUGGCAGCUCUGAACAGACGCAUCCAGCUCGUGGAAGAGGAGUUGGAUCGUGCCCAGGAACGACUGGCCACAGCCCUGCAGAAACUGGAGGAAGCUGAGAAAGCAGCAGAUGAGAGCGAGAGGGGAAUGAAGGUUAUUGAGAACAGAGCAAUGAAAGAUGAAGAGAAAAUGGAGAUUCAGGAAAUGCAGCUGAAGGAGGCCAAGCACAUCGCCGAGGAGGCCGAUCGCAAAUACGAGGAGGUUGCCCGUAAACUGGUUAUUUUGGAGGGUGAACUGGAACGAGCUGAGGAGCGUGCAGAGGUGUCUGAAGUUAAAUGUAGUGACCUCGAAGAGGAGUUAAAGAACGUCACAAACAACCUGAAGUCUUUGGAAGCUCAAUCUGAAAAGUACUCGGAAAAAGAAGAUAAAUACGAAGAAGAAAUCAAGAUUCUCUCUGACAAGCUGAAAGAAGCUGAAACUCGUGCUGAAUUUGCAGAGAGAACCGUUGCCAAACUGGAAAAGUCUAUUGAUGACCUGGAAGAAAAACUUGCCCAAGCCAAAGAGGAGAACCUGGGCUUGCACCAGACACUGGACCAGACGCUAAACGAACUGAACUGUAUAUGAUGAGAGCAGGGACCUGCCAGCGGCCAAGGACCCGCCUGUCCCCGCAGCGCUCCUCCCUCCUCCUCCCUCUCUGUAUCCCGGGAAAGCCAAUUAAGUUAUGGCCAGCACAGCCACGCUGGAGGCUCCGGGUGUCACUCGGGGACCUUUCCCCGGAGACCUCCCCAAGGAGCCCCCGUGGAGCUCCCGCGUGUCCUGCCCGUGGCUGCCCCGCACGGUUCGUGACUCCUUUUGUAUAACCUGGUAGAAGCUGUCCCCGGGCAGCGGCGGCCCCGCCCAGCCCUGCCCUCCUAUAUUAAAACAUUUCUCACA